AGUAAAUUACGUACAGCCGUGGUUCCACUUGUUUGGUUCCCCCCCACACACACACUAAACCGUGGAAUUCUAGAAGGAAUUUUUAAAGCACUAGGGCAUUUUCCCGGCCUGGACCUCAAUGCUAACAGGGCUCAGCGGACCCCUGGCUUUCGCGGCGAAGACGUUCCCUCACGGAAUAGGGAAAGCUAGGCCAGCACACGGGAGACCUGGCCGGGAACAGGACGAACUCUCCAGUAGCUAAGCGACCAGAGUGUCGGGAUUCCUCCAUGCCCGGCUGGGGCGUUCGCGAGCUGUGUUCAGACAGCGCAGACUGCGGGAAGCGGGUGCAGCUGCUCUUACUGAGAGGAACAAGGUCUAGGCCCAGUCUGGCCUUGAACUUGCAAUAUUCCUCCCUCUGUGUUCCCAGUCACUAGGAAUUACAGAGCUGUGGACGACAGUGCGUUGGGGUUCACCAGCCCCCAAGAGAAGGCUUGGCAGUAUCCUAAGACCAGUUUUCCUAGGACCCGAUUCCUGGUUGGAUUGCAAUAUUGUGCCUCCACCAACAAAAUAGUGCACAGACUGAAAAAUCGCAGCGACCUUCUCCCUCCCCUCGUCCUCCACACAUAUCCCCAAGGCCGCUGCCCUGGAGACUGUCCACCAAGUUUCUGGAACCGUCCUGGCUGCAGUUUUGUGUGGCCAGAGGGUUUGGGACUAUGGUUAAAACGGAAUCCGGCGCUGCUCUUUUUCCCCUUCCCAGCUCUGAAACCUAUUGGCUCUUCCUCCAGUCUUCUCCCACCAGAUCUUUCCACUUAAACCCAACUUAUUGCCUUCCAGAAUCCAGACAGAACAAGGAAGCGUAAAGACUGCGGAAUCCGGAAGCUUGGUGCUGGGACCCGACCUUUCCCGGGAGCCACCGAAAGUCGAUUUAAACAAACAACAAAUAAACCCCCGGAGUGGAGGGUCCUGUAGAGGGCGGAGGACGCGAGAACAGAAGAGCGCGAGCUCUCCGGGGGCGGGACGAUUAGAAUCUUCCCGCCGGCGCGCUUUCGGUUUUCAAUCUGGUCCGCGGCUCUCGUAUAACGGCGCAGGCCGCGGCCCCCCAAGGACAGACCUCGGAGCGCAGCAGCCAUGUCUGGGAGAGGAAAGGGCGGCAAGGGCCUGGGCAAGGGCGGCGCCAAGCGCCACCGCAAGGUGCUGCGGGACAACAUCCAGGGCAUCACCAAGCCCGCCAUCCGCCGCCUGGCCCGCCGCGGCGGCGUCAAGCGCAUCUCCGGGCUCAUCUACGAGGAGACCCGCGGCGUGCUCAAGGUGUUCCUGGAGAACGUGAUCCGCGACGCCGUCACCUACACGGAGCACGCCAAGCGCAAGACGGUCACGGCCAUGGACGUGGUCUACGCGCUCAAGCGCCAGGGCCGCACCCUGUACGGCUUCGGAGGGUGACCUGCUGCCCGCGCUCCAGCUCCACCUCCAAAGGCCCUUCUUAGGGCCAACCACGUACUCCACAGAGAGUUGUGCACUUGGGUGCCAGGCGACGAAGCCGGGAGGCGAUCCUGUAGGUACCGUUGCCAGGGGAGAAACUGCAAGCCCCAGGCCCCGACUUGAUAGCAAGUGGCUUUCCAUUUGUGGGUGGUUUGCUCUUUUCUUUGAAAAACGAGCUGUGCUUUAGGCCUAAGCACUACCCUGGAAGUUGUUAUGUAGUCUUGUCACGGCUUGGCGCUACCCUGACUAUGAUGGCUGUGGGGAGUAGGACCGACCCUGUGAUUCUAGUCCAAGGCUGGCCUGUGAGCUUCAGCGACUUUUGGGGGCUUCAUUUUCCACCACUUAACAAAAAGGGAGGGGGUCAGGUCCUUUAGAUCACAGGUGACUCAGGUAUGUGGCUUGUUAGAACCUGUUUUAUUUAGCUUAGAAUGGGGCAUCUGCAGGAACAUGCUCACCAUCAAUAUAGAAGGUGCAGUUUAAUUUUGACAAAGCAAAACCAAAAAAUGAUUGUCUGGAGCAAAGUACAGUAAGCCAUUCUCUAUACUUCCGUUUGUCCUAAACUGUCCUGAUUUGUAUUGAACAUUGCAGCUAUUAACAUUUGCAUGUAAAAGUUCUGGGUUGUGUGUGUGUGUUUGCAUUAUGGGCUUAUAUUACAGCAAAAAUUAGCCUAUGUAUGUAAUUUAGAGAAUUCGGUAAAAACCCAAAAGAUAAUCACUAUAUUAGCUGCUCUUAGCAACAAACACUUGAGGGUUAACUACGUUUAAUACAUGGUGAUUCACAAUGGAGAUAUCAGCAAAGUAAGGGAUACAAGAUUUGCCCUUCAGGAACUUAAACAGAACAGGAAAAAAGAAAUACACAAUACAUAAAUAUAUACAUACUUAUAUAACAUAAGAAGUCUAGUAGUACAAGAAGCAUAUAUUCACUAUGAUGAGAAAUAUAGACAAUAAUAACUAUAGAAAUCCUAAUGCUCUAGAAGUCUUUUGGUGCAGGCAAAUUGGGGAAAGCUUGGACAUGAUGGUGGUUGGGUUGGGGGGUGUUCAAUCUUUGAAAAAAGCAGAAUGCCUGGCAUUCUACUGGAGAAGACAGUAGAUGGGUGGGGAGGGAGUGGCAAAAAAUAACAUUUUCCAGCUAAGAAAUAAAAGGCUUCUAUGA